AUGUACAGCAGCAUUACUCCAAUCUGCUUUACAAGCCCUCCAAUUGAGAAGCCAAUUGGCAAAGAAAGCAUGCCUCAAACUCCUCCCUUUUCAGCAAUGUUUGACAGCAGUGGUUACAACCGAAACCUCUAUCAGUCUGCAGAGGACAGCUGUGGAGGGUUGUAUUACCAUGACAACAACCUCCUCUCCGGAUCUCUGGAAGCACUCAUCCAGCACUUAGUACCUAAUGUGGAUUACUAUCCGGAUAGAACGUACAUAUUUACCUUCCUACUGAGUUCUCGGUUAUUUAUGCAUCCGUAUGAGCUAAUGGCCAAAGUUUGCCACUUAUGUGUUGAGCACCAGAGACUAAGUGAUCCUAGUGGUGAUAAGAAUCAGAUAAGAAAAAUUGCACCCAAAAUUCUUCAACUCCUGACAGAAUGGACAGAAACAUUUCCUUAUGAUUUUCGGGAUGAAAGAAUGAUGAGAAACUUAAAAGAUCUGGCUCACCGAAUAGCCAGUGGCGAGGAGACAUAUAGGAAGAAUGUCCAGCAGAUGAUCCAGUGUCUAAUCCGCAAACUUGCCGCGCUCAGCCAGUAUGAGGAAGUCCUGGCAAAAAUCAGCUCCACGUCAACAGAUCGGCUCACAGUUCUCAAGACCAAGCCACAGUCCAUACAAAGGGACAUUAUUACUGUCUGCAGUGACCCUUACACGUUGGCCCAGCAGCUGACUCACAUAGAGCUGGAGAGGCUCAAUUAUAUUGGCCCAGAAGAAUUUGUUCAGGCAUUUGUGCAGAAGGACCCUUUGGACAAUGACAAGAGUUGCUACAGUGAACGGAAGAAAACACGAAACUUAGAAGCUUACGUGGAAUGGUUUAAUCGUCUCAGCUACUUGGUUGCUACAGAAAUCUGCAUGCCUGUAAAGAAGAAGCACCGAGCAAGGAUGAUUGAGUAUUUCAUUGAUGUAGCUCGGGAGUGUUUUAACAUUGGCAACUUUAAUUCCUUGAUGGCAAUAAUCUCUGGCAUGAAUAUGAGCCCAGUCUCUCGACUGAAAAAAACUUGGGCCAAAGUGAAGACAGCCAAGUUUGACGUUCUUGAGCAUCAGAUGGACCCUUCAAGCAAUUUCUACAAUUAUCGAACAGCUCUUCGUGGGGCGGCACAAAGGUCUUUAACUGCUCAUAGCAGCAGAGAGAAGAUUGUGAUACCAUUCUUCAGUCUUUUAAUCAAAGAUAUUUAUUUCCUCAAUGAGGGGUGUGCCAACCGCCUUCCCAACGGCCAUGUCAACUUUGAGAAAUUUUGGGAACUGGCCAAACAAGUGAGUGAAUUCAUGACAUGGAAGCAAGUGGAGUGUCCAUUUGAGAGAGACCGGAAGAUCUUACAGUACUUGCUCACAGUACCAGUCUUUAGUGAAGAUGCUCUCUACUUGGCUUCCUAUGAGAGUGAAGGACCUGAAAACCAUAUAGAGAAAGACAGAUGGAAGUCCUUAAGGUCCAGCCUCCUGGGCAGAGUUUAA